AUGGACAAAUCCACAGAUGAAAUCGCCUUUAGAAAAAGGAGCCUUAUAGACGCUCUACGGGAUUCGGAAUCGGACCCCGAGAGCUUCGAACAGCCCUACGAUUCGGCUCCAGAUGCUCUUCUAAACAGACUGACAAGAGUUCGCAUGAUUUUGGGCGCUCUUGAUAAACAAAUCAAAGACUUCUCCAGCAAGAUCAAAGAUGUUAUCAAAAACAAAAGCAAAGACGAAGACGAUCGUGCUUCAAAGCUGGAAACGCACUUCCGGUCUGAAUAUGCGGGAGCGACACUUGGCAUUGAGUUCGCAAAAAAGAAGCAAGAUGAAGUACUGUUAGAGCGUCAGCUUGCUUGGAGAGAGAGAAAUACCAGAGUUAUAUCGCAACUAGAGCUGGAGGAACGCUAUAGGGCACUUAAUAGGCGGUAUUCCUCCGCUGGAGGUGAUUUAUGGCGCAGCUCGAACAAAAAGCUACGCCUGGAAAACCCUACCGCAAUUAUGUCGAUGCAGCUCGAUUCCAACCAAUCAGCAGCUUCGAAGAUUCCUGAGCUCUUAUUGCCGCUAUACAGAACAUCGGAUGGCCUGGAUGAUCGAAGAAAACCCUCUAAUUGGAUUUCUGAUGUCAUUGAGUACUACUCAGCCAACCCGGAGUAUCAUGGAAAAGUUGUGACUGAAUAUGUGUCCAUUGGAUGGUGUCAUGCUACUGGGACGUGGUAUCGUUUUGAUCAGCGAGUGGGAUGCAUUAUUCCAUUUCUUAUAGCCGCGAACAAGUUGGAAGAACUCAUUUUUGGUUCCUCAAGCGAGUCCGUGCAGCACCCUGUCAAUGCAUUACUCCUAGGAGGCGGAGUAAGGGCUUUGCUAGAAAGUUACAAACUCGUUAUUGUGCCUGCGGAUAAUUCAGAGACACCGAUCAAACGAUGGCGGACGGAUCUUUUGUUUCCUAGUAUGAAAGAUUACUGCUGUGGGUAUGAUGAGAAUUCGAACAAGAUUUAUUUUAAAGAUAUAGAUGGCAAAGAGCUCUCCUUUUUAGGCGAAAGACGACCCUCUCCGAGAUUUCUUUACUUUCACUUCAUAAUGGCCCUAAUUCGCCUGAAAGACCGUGGCUCCGAUGGCUGGCAGCAGAUUUGGGCCCGUUACUACGAACAACGGCCCUUUCCACCAGCUAAUAAUUAUAUGAGGAAUGCCAUGAUAAAGGCAUUAGCGACAUAUUUUGAAGGUGCCGAUAUGAAAGUCGUCGAGAGCUGGAUCAGUGACCAAGGAUUUGAUACACAGAUACAAAUACAAGACAACCAGGCAAAAGAGUUGGCGAGGCGCGUGCAUCGAAUUGUCGAUGUAGAUACUACUAUCGAACGAGAUGAUAAGUUUGAAGAGCUGUGGGACACGUAUGGGGACACUGAUGAUGAAGAAUGA